CUCUGUGUUUACAGUUUUUUCUUAUCUGAUUUUUUCUUUUUCUGAUCUGAAAAUACUCAAGUCUGUGAGUUUGGUGGAUUGGGAUUCUAGGGAAGGAAGUGAAUCAAAAUCUUCUUUUCUCUGUCUUAAUGUUUGAAACCUGUUCUAUAGGUUAGCGUGAAAUUUGAUUAAAAACAAUGGCUCUACCGCCGGUUGAACAGAUCGGCAAACAAACAACCACUGGUGACACCAACAGAUCUCUACCAACACCUUUCCUCACAAAAACCUAUCAGCUUGUUGAUGAUCCUUCCAUGGACGAUGUAAUUUCCUGGAACGAAGAUGGUUCUACUUUCAUUGUCUGGAGACCUGCCGAGUUCGCAAGAGAUCUGCUUCCAAAAUACUUCAAACACAAUAACUUCUCAAGUUUUGUUAGACAACUCAAUACCUACGGAUUCAGAAAAAUAGUCCCUGAUCGUUGGGAAUUCGCAAACGAUUACUUCCGAAAAGGGCAGAAAAAGCUUCUGUGCGACAUACACCGGCGGAAGAUGUCGUCGGCGGCAACCGCAGCAGCAGCAGCAGCAACAGUAGGAACAACGGUUUUGCCGGCGUCUCCGACAACUUCUGGCGAAGAACAAGUCCUCUCCUCGAACUCAACACCAGUCACGGUUACUGCUGUUUGUCGUGUUACGAGCUGUAACACCACCGCCGAGCUUCUGGACGAGAACGAGCGGUUGAGAAAUGAAAAUAUGCAACUUACUUAUGAACUCGCGCAGAUUAAGAACCUCUGCAACAACAUCUUUGUUUUAAUGACCAAGUAUGCAAGUUCACAGCAAGAGAAUGGUGGUGGUUUCCUGACUGAGAAACUGCUUGAUUUGUUGCCGGCGAAGAGGUUUUCAGAGGAAUCUGAUGCCACUGCCGGAGUGAGUCAGAGACGAUUUAAGUCCGAGGACGAGAUGAGUGCACGGUUGUUCGGUGUUCCCAUCGGAGUGAAACGCGUGCGGGAGUGUGACGAGGUGCAGGAUCAAGAAACACAACACCAGCAACUGGGAUCCGAGGUGAAAUCAGAACCGUUAGAUCAGAACUCUGUACAUCAAGAGCAUCCAUGGUCAAAUUCGGUUGCCGACCUUACUACGGGGUUUGUAGUUGACGGUAGAUGAUCAUGGUAGAUAGAAAAGGAACGGGAGAGAUUUUGUGGCCAUUA